CGUCAACAUGAUAGAAUGAGAUAUAUGAGACGAGUACUUGAUCUAUGCGAUACUCGUUGCAUUGAUAGUAUUAGGAUGAGUCGUAGUAUGUUCAAGAGGUUGUGUCAGCUACUCGUCCGUGAAGGGGGGUUAGAACGUUCAGAUGAUGUCGAUAUAGAGGAGAUGGUCAUGAUGUUUUUAGUUACCAUCGAGCACAACAAGAAGAACAGAAUGUCACAAGUUGACUUUUGUCGCUCAGGACAAACUAUCUCCAAAGUUAUUCAUAGAAUCCUACCGUGUUGUACUUCGGUUGCAUCCUAUUUUACUCCGCCGACCAUAAGCUAUACCAAAAAAUUGUACUGAUCCUAAGUGGAAACACUUUAAGGUCUGUUAAUUAUUUGAAUUUUCUUUAACUUGCAAGGUUAGCUGCAAUUACUAUCCUAAAACAGCUAGUUUUUCUGUGGUGAAGGGUUGCUUAGGGGCACUAGACGGGACACAUGUGAGGCUGCGUGUUAGGACUUAGGACAGAAGAUAAACCUAGGUAUCGAGAUCGGGAAGGGCAUAUUACAAUGAAUGUUUUGGGAGUGUGCAACCCAAACCUCGAGUUUGUGUACUGCUUAGCUGGAUGGGAGGGUUCAGCCCAUGCGGAAAGGUCCUUGGAGAUGCAUUGGCUAGGCCAAAUGGACUACGCGUUGAGAAAGGAAAAUACUACUUGGUAGAUGCCGGGUAUAGCAACUCUGAAGGGUUUUUAGCUCCAUAUCGGGGUCAAAGGAUGGCAAAGAAGAGAAAGCAGGUGAUGCAUGUUGAAGGAGAAGUUCAGCCUACAGGCCCCUACAUCUCGUGGGAUGAGAAGCUUAAUGAAUUGCUCAUACAAUGCAUGGUGGAGUUAGUACAAAGACAUCAAGUUGAAAACGGUUCCUUUAAGAAUGAGACCUUUUUUGAGCUCCAAACCAUGAUGGAGGAGAGGGCUCCAGGUUGUGGUGUGCAGGUUGAACCGCAUAUCCAUAGCAGACACAAGAAGUUGAAGAAGGACUUUCAUGCUCUACACUUGCUGAAAAAUCAGUGUGGUUGUGGGUGGGAUGUUGCAACCUCUACUCCAACACUAGAUGAUGACGUUUUUGCAAGUGUAGUUAAGGUUUUCCCAAACUGCAAAAAUAUGAACAUGAAGCCUUUCCCAUUCUAUAAUGACCUAUUGAAAGUGUCUGGGAAGGUUGGACCUGCCAAUGGAAAGAAGACGGUUUGUAUGACUAAUGAUGUUGACUCCCUAGUGGUUGAUGUACCUGCAUUUGUUAACUUGGAUGGGCUUCAGACGUCGAGUUUAGAGAGGUUUAUGGAGGAUUUGAUAAAUGAAGGGAUUGAGAGUCAGAGGGUCACUCCUCCAUCUCCAACAGUUGUGCCUCCACCUCUAGCUGUUGUUCAUCCAGGAGAAGGGAGCAACAAGAGGGCUAAGAAGAUAGAGAGUAAGGCCAAUGAUGUUAUUGCUGCUGUAGCUCAGGAAUUGUGUGGAUUGAAGCAUGUCAUAUCCAAGGCACUUGAUGCUCUAGGCACCAUUAUAGAAGACCGUGAGGAAGACACUAGAAAGGAAGCUGCAUUGAUGGCUGAGAUUGGGAAAAUAGAAGGCCUUGAACGCUGCCAAGUGCUAGAUGCUGCUAUGGCAUUAGUUGAGAAUGAUCGCAAGACAAGACUUUUCUUCUCUCUUGAUAAUGAGGAGGAUCGAAAUUACUUCAUUCACAACUUACUGCGUUGAGAAGUGCUGACUCAUGGAAGCUAUUAGCUAUAAUAUGUUGUGUCGUAUAUAUGUAUGCAGUGUUGUACAUUUUGAACUGAACACAUAUAGUAUGUAUAGGAAACUCGGCCUCUUAUGCAGAGCUGACUCAGAGGAGCUAGCAUGCAACUGUUAAAGUAGGAGGUCGAUUAUUUUGGAAAGUUUCCAAGCCAUUCCAAUAUGUGUCGAAGAAUUGGCUAUGUAUUCAGUUUAAGUUGUAUAUUUCUGACUUAUUAAUAUAUGCAGGUUAUUUAU